AUGGCCAAAGGCCUUAUUGAGAACAGGGCCAACACCAAACAUCCAGAAUUCCCCUCUGCACAUGCUGCAGAGCGAGGGCACACCAACGUGGUGGAGGUCCUCACAGAGAAGUUCAAGUCCAAUGUGCUGGCCAGAAGUAAGAGACUCUGUGCCAGAGUGGGCAACACUGAAGUCCUAAAGGAGAUGCUCAACAGUGUUCCCUCCAGUCACCUGCAGAUGGCAGUCAACAAGCACUCCAAGGACGGCAAGGCAACUCUCCACUUGGAGAGUGGGGCGGAGUGGGGCCACGAGAACAUCGCUGACAUUCUGCUGUCCCAUAAGGCCUUUGUGAACGUUAAGACCAAGCUGAGCCUCACUCCUCUACACCUGGGGUCCCAGAACGGCUCAGCCAGCCUGGUCAGACUACUGGUGGAAACACACCUGGCCAGCAUCGACGCUCUCUCCCUGACUAAGCAGACCCCUCUCUACCUCGCUGAAAUCAGUGGACAGCUGGACGUGUGCAGCAGCCUGCUCCACCUCAGAACAUACAUCAUAACGAUGGACAGACUACCAAGAGAAAGAGAGACAUGGGCCAAUCGUGCAGAGUUCAUCCUUUCUUCAGUAGGCUAUGCAGUCGGAAUUGGAAAUGUCUGGCGCUUUCCAUAUGUCUGCUUCAGCGGUGGUGGAGGUGCAUUCCUCGUUCCCUAUCUUACCAUGAUGUGUCUGUGUGCCAUCCCACUGGUGUUCAUGGAGUUUACAGUGGGGCAGUACACAAAAAAAGGACCUGUUGAGGCGUUCAUCAACAUCUGUCCUCUAAUGAAAGGUGUGGGUGUGGCUAUGGUGAUGCUGUCCUUCAUCGUGGCCUCCUACAACAACACAGUCCUGACCUGGGUUCUGUACUACCUCUUCCACUCCUUCACAGCCCCGUUGCCAUGGCAGCUCUGUAAUGCCACCUGGAACAUUCCAGAGAACUGUUCCAGCUUCAUGGAAAACACCACCACCCACCUGCAGUCCGCCACUAAACAAUUCUUUGACCAUAGGCUCCUGGAAAUCACUGAGGGGAUUGAGACUGUGGGCCACCUGCGAUGGGAGCUGGUCGGAAUUCUCCUGCUGAUCUGGGUCAUCCUAUUCUUCUGUGUCUUCAAGGGGAUCAGAUCCACUGGCAAAGUGGUGUACUUCACAGCACUGUUUCCAUAUGUGGUCCUUCUGGCUCUUCUGUUCAACAAUGUCCGACUACCAGGAGCCCUGGAUGGCAUCCUAUUCUUCCUGACACCCAAAUGGAACAAACUGGGAGAGAUACACGUAUGGAUUGAUGCUACUGCUCAGAUCUUCUACUCAAUAGGCGUUGGAUUUGGCUGCUUACUGUCUAUGGCCAGCCACAACAAGCUCAACAAUAACAUCCUCAGGGAUGCAAUGAUUGUCACUUUGGCGAACUCUGCCACCAGUAUUUUUGCUGGCUUCGUCAUGUUCUCUGGCAUCGGCUACAUGGCACAUGUGCGCCACCUCCAAGUGGAGCAACUGGCUGUUGGAGGGCCUGGUUUGGCAUUUGUGGUUUACCCAGAGAUCUUCAGCACCAUGCCUGUCUCUCAGCUCUGGGCCUUCCUCUUCUUCCUCAUGCUGAUGUGUCUCGGCCUGGAUAGUCAGUUUGCCCUUGUGGAGGUCAUGGGGACUUUCAUUAUGGACAGCUUUGGCCCAAAGAUUCUCCUCAUGCUGAACUAUAAAGAGCUGGUGACCCUAUUACUCUGCUUCUUGACCUUCCUGCUUGGCCUUCCCUGCAUUACUCAGGGCGGGGUCUACAUCUUCCAGCUGUUAGACUAUUCUGUUGGCAUAACACUGAUGUUCACUUCUUUAUUUGAAGUCGUUGCUCUAAGCUGGAUAUUUGGAGUAUGGCGGCUCUCUAUCAUGGUGAAAAGGAUUCUGGGAAAGCCUCCAAACGUCUUCUUUAAGGCCUGCUGGUUGGUGGUCUCUCCGCUGUUGAUCGUGGCCAUAUUGGUCACUGCCAUGGUCCAGCGCAGCCCACUUCUUUACGGGAAGACAUAUCUCUACCCAGCAUGGGCUGAAGGUGUUGCAUGGAUCAUCACCUUUCUGUCCGUUGGCUGGAUCCCUCUUGGAGCCAUGCAUGAGCUUCUUGGAAGGAAAGGCACUUGCUUAGCGAGGCUGAAGGCGUCGGUGACUCCCAGGAUCACCCUGGAGGAGGUCUGUAAUGUGCCUGUCAAUGAAGACCAACAACAGGACCAUGUUAAGUCUCUGUACAGUCUCUCUGAGGUCAGUCCUCUACGUGACGAGAAAGACCGUGGGGACAUGUAG